AGCUGUCUAAACAGUACAUGAAUUUUAUAAAUAUAUUUAGCAUUUUAAUGCAAUAAAUAAUGAGUGCAGGAUAGAAAGUAUAAUAUUGUUUGAUUUAGGCUAUGAAUUAUGUUAUCCGGAGAAUGAAAAGCCAUCUACAUUGGUGAGUACAGCAAUUGGAAAAUGUAUCACUGUAACAUGAACAGGUCAAUGUUAUCAAUUUAGGUCGUCUGGUCUUUGUUUUAACUUAUAUUGAAGUUACAGUACUAUAGAGGAUUUGCUCCUCUUCUUCAAACAUUGACAGCACAUCUUUACCAACUCCCAGGACCAUGGAAAACUCUACUCACUACGAGGUCUUUAGGCUUGCUGCAUACGGUGAUAUCGGACAAUUGAAAUAUUUCUACUUUGCUGUAGUGACUGUAAUAUAUUUUGUCAUCAUUCUUGCCAAUACUUUACUUAUUGGAGUUAUCUGCAUUGAAAGAAGCCUUCAUGAACCCAUGUAUCUGUUUCUAUGUGCUUUGUUUGUUAAUCAGUUGUAUGGGAGCACUGGUUUGUUUCCUGCUCUCAUGUUUUACUUGCUGUCUGACACACAUGAUAUUUCCCUUCUUUAUUGUUAUCUCCAGAUUUAUGUGUUGUACACAUAUGCUAUAACAGAAUUUAGUAAUUUAUCAGUUAUGUCCUAUGACAGAUACAUCUCUAUUUGUUAUCCUCUACAGUAUAACAAUAUUAUGACACCUAAAACCAUUUGUGGCUUAAUUCUACUACCCCAAGUGUAUUCUUUUUUCCUCAAUGCCAUCGUUAUCUCCCUGAGUUUGCGACUGCAAUUUUGUGGUAACAUUCUAGACAGAGUGUAUUGUGACAACUACUCAGUCGUCAAGCUUGCCUGUUCAAAUACUAUGCUGAAUAACAUAUGGGGUCUUGUUGGCACUGUGCUUUCUUUUUCUUGUACUAUAUGUCCUACCAUAUACUCAUAUGUAAGAAUUCUACAGAUAUGUUUAAAGUCUUCUAAAGAGACGAAACAGAAAGCAUUUAACACCUGUACGCCACAUAUAGCCUCUUUGCUGAACUUCUUAUUUGGCUGUUUAUUUUUGAUUCUACAAGGCAGAUAUGAAACUGCAGAUCUUCCACCUAUACUUCGCACUAUUUUAUUAGUUUAUUUUCCAAUAUGUCCACCACUUUUCAAUCCUAUUAUGUAUGGCAUUAGGAUGGUUAAUAUCAGGCAGGCUUGUAAAAAGUUACUAGGCUGUUACCUUAAAACAUAACCUGGUUGUAAUUUUUUUGUAACUUUUAAUUAUGCGUUUUAUUACUUAUAAUUGCUAUUAUUGACGGUAUAGAUAUGUGUCAUUUUGGAAUAAUUUCUCUGUAGCCCAAAUAUUAUUGUCAAGUUUAUAAUGUAUUGUAACAGAAGGUUGUGUCAUAUUAGCUAGUUAACUGCAUAACUAUAGAGCAUCAAGGGGAGCGGCCCUCCCUACCUUCAAGCUGUGCUCAAAUAGAUGCUAAGUGGGAUCCUUGGGAUGACCCUACACCCCAACUCGUUAUGCCUCUUCUGGUCUCUUGGCCCUGGUCUCUUAGCUCUGGUCUCUUGGCCCACCGUACAUAAACAUUUCUGCAAUAUAUAUGUAACGUUUGCUUACGUUAUUCUAGCAGUAAUGGCUUAUGACAGGUAUGUCUCCAUUUUUAGGCCAUUUCAAUAUUUUUUGCAUUAUGACCCCUUCUAAAGUGAAUAUGUUGUUAGCCUUGGCAUACUUUUUUCCAUAAAUAUUUUCAAAUGUGUAUCACUUCAAGGCUCCCUUUGUGCAGGUACAACAACUUUUUGUGAUGACUAAGCAGUUGUUAAACGCUCUCGUGUUGAAAGUGCGCUGAUCAACCUGUAUGAUAUAUGUAUCAUAUCAAGUCUAGUGGUUUUACCUUUGUUGUUAGUUGUGCUCUCAUAUGUAAAGAUAUUGUUUGCUUGAAAGCCUCAAAGGAGUCACAAACGAAGAAUUUUAAUGUGUGUACUCCUCACUAGAACAUAUUCAUCAACUUCUCUGCAAGCCAUCCUUUUUUCUGUUGUUUACAACAGGCACAGAGGUUAAUGUAUUAAUAUCAGUACAGUUAACUAUUUUCCCACCA